AACUUAAAAGAAAAACGCUUUGUAACGACUGAAUAUUUACUAACAUACGGCCACUGGUGUAAAACGCGAAAAAUGUUGUCAAAAUAUUAUUCCGUCGUGAUACUGUGUCUGACCGUCGUCAACGGAAAUCUUGUAGAGCCCGGAGAGCCGAAAUGUUUAUCGAAAUUUGACUAUGACGAGAAAAUGUUAAUGAAACAAUUAAGACUGGAGGACAAAGUUCAGAAAUUCGAGGAUUUUAUUAAUGAAGUAAAGGCAAAGGAGGAAAAAGAGAAAGAGGAGCGCGUUAAAUUGCUUGCUGUAGAGUUGGCGAAAUUCAAACAAGAGAACGCGGAAGAGAUAGCGAGACAGAAAAAUGUGACUUCAGAAAUGCUCAAAGACUUGGCGAAUUCUAAGAUCGAGUUAGAAAAAAAGAUGAAAGAGAAAUCAGAACCUAAGAAAGAGGAAGUCGUAGCAUUCACCGUCUCUACACCUGCGAGGUACUAGUGCAAACUCUAAUGACUUUCACGGAGAUCAUUACAAACGAAG